CUUAUAGCUAGCUCUACUAUAUCUAUAAUUAUUGUACCACUCCAUCUUUGUCUCUCAUGCACAUAUUUUCUCACCAUCAAUCCAAUACCGACGUCUCUGAUCAUCUCCUUGGUCGGGCAUCAAGGACUGAUGAUUAUACUUUAAUAAAAUUUUACAAGCCCAAAUAUACAUUUAAUUAGCACACACACAUAUAUACUAGUUAGCUUGUACAUAAUAAGUAAUGAUGAGGAAGCCGGAUCCCCCGGGGGCGUCGACAAUGGCGAAAGAUAAGACGGGGAAGGGUAAGCAGAAGGCGGGGGCGGGGUCGGCGGUUAAACUGAGGAAAGGGUUAUGGUCGCCGGAGGAAGAUGAGAGGCUGAUGAUGUACAUGGUGAGGAACGGCCAAGGUUGUUGGAGCGACAUUGCCCGGAACGCCGGGCUCCAGAGGUGCGGGAAGAGCUGCCGCCUCCGGUGGAUCAACUACCUCAGGCCCGACCUUAAACGCGGCGCUUUUUCACCUCAUGAACAAGAUCUCAUCCUCCAUUUGCAUUCCCUUUUGGGAAACAGAUUUGCGUUGCAGGUGGUCUCAAAUUGCGGCGCGGCUCCCCGGCCGGACAGACAACGAAAUCAAGAAUUUCUGGAACUCCACCAUCAAGAAGAAGUUGAAAAAUACCAACUCAACCCAUUCCCCCAACGCGAGCGAUUCGUCCUCGGAUAACAACCCAAUGGCUAUCCUCGGAGGAGGAGGACCGGCCUCCGCCGCCGCCGCCUCAAUUCCUCCCAUGCAACACAACCAACCGGAUUCUUCAUCUUCUUUAAUGCUACCAAACGCCCACCUCCACCACCAACACUUUGACCCUUUUCCUCAGCAUCAUCAACCGCACAACUACGACGAGGGCGUACCUUUGCUCGGCUUUCCGCCGUGUACAACGGCCGGAGUUGGUGGCUGCGGUGAUCAAAGUGUCUUUCUUGGUGACUAUAAUUUUUUCGUGGAGCCCUUUGCUGUGAUGGGAUUGGAAAAUGACCUUUCUGUCCCUGCAUUGGAGAGCUGUUGUACUAGCUAUACUCAUAACGAAAAAGAGAAUGUUGAGUAUAAUGCUACCAAUAAUAAUAGGGUUAUUGAAAGCUAUGGAGUUGGAGAUGGGGAUGGUAUUGUUAAUGUUGACAAUUGUGACAUCUUUGACGAAAAAGGGAAUAAUAUUGUUUGCAACAACAUUAGCAAUAACCAACAUUUGGUCAAUGUUGACAUGACAGAUCUUAAGGUUGAGGAUUACAUGGUCAAUAGUUAUGGAAAUCAUCAUUGGAGUGGAGAAAGCUUAAGGAUGGGAGACUUUUUGGAUUGGGAAGGUUUGUUGGCUAACCUCCCUUCCUUACCUUACUUUUGAUUCAUUACUUCCAUGAAUUGAAUCAAAGAGUACGCUAUCGUUUUCAAGUAUAUAGGGUUUUGGUUCUCUCUUUACCUCUAUUCUUUGAAAGGUCUUAUACCCUAAACCCCCAAGUGAUAUAGAAAUUCAAUGUAUCAGUCAUCCAUGAUUUAAAAAGUGCGUCAAACCCAUUGUGUUAUAAUUACUCAUGCACAAAACUUUUUCAUGAACAAAUUUUACAUGGAAAUCACUUUUCUCAAUAUUGUGAUUGAAUAUGCAAAUAAAUUUGUCAAAACCUCUGAAUUAUACAAAAAAAUGAUAAUCAAUAUUCUUUUAUUUGAUCAUUAAAUUUGUUCAUAGAAGGGGUUUUGCGCAUGCAUAAUUACAACACAAGGGUUUGACGCAUGUUUUUAAAUUACAUGGACUAAUGUGCUGUAUUCCUACAUCACAAAGGAGUUUGAUGUAUCAAACCCAUUCUUUGAGUUUGUUCUCUCUAGGUACACAUAUUCAUAACAGAUACAGUAGAAUAAAUCUCGAAUGAGAGGUGUGUGUAUUGUAUACCAGGGCAUGGCGGUGUAUAUAAUUUUCAAUCAUUUUGGUGAUGAAUAAUUAUGAUCUGAGUUGAUCGAAGGCGGCAAAUAAGUUGGUCUUGAAGAGCAAUUGAAUUGAAGGCGUGAAUAGAAAGAUAGAAUAAUUGGUGUUAUUCAUAUGCAUUUAUGCUAAUGAAUUUCGUACUAUAUGAUGUACUUACUUACUGUACAUAUCUCCGAUCCAUAGCAUAUAACAGAUAGACUUUGGAGGUGGAAUUUGAAUAUAGUCGGAUAAAAUCAACGUUCAUAUAUAGGAGAUUUAUUUCUUCUUUUAAGGAGACGAAGGUUUCAAUUCACCUUGUGAUACUUGUACAGUGGGGAGGGUUCUAAAGAGAACCCCUCUUAAAAUGAGAACUCGUGAGAACCCCGACAACCGUUGGUAUUUUUGGCUGAAAUUUUUUGUGUAUUUUCCUCAUCAAGUCUAGUUCAUCUAUACCAAAUUUGAGCAAAAAAUUCAAUCGGG